GGAAAAUUGCAUCUGCUUUCACUGGCAUCUACUGUGCUGGAUCAAGCAGAAAGCUAGCUAAGAUGUUGCUAGAUAACUUCAGACUUUGGCAUUCUGAAGACUGACUCUGAAAGGAAAUUAUCUGCAUGUUGAAUUUUCUGUUGCUGUAAGCCUAGUGUGAUUAGGAUCCCUGACUGCAAGGAAGAUUCAUGUGUACUGUGCUGCCAUCAAAAUUCUUGCACCAGUCUUCUUGUUCAACAUGAGAAGGGCUGGGUGAGAUGUAAGGAAAUAAAAACCACUUGCAUUUGUUGAAUCAAGAUCUGUUUCCUAAAAGCCCUCAAGAAUAACUGGAUGCCUUUGUGUAUCAGAAAAAAAUGGACCAAACAAAAUCCAGAAGCUUUUGUAAAGAACAAUACUGUGAGAUCUUGCCUGCCAUGUCAUCUACAUCUACUGCAUGAUAAUAGGCAAAUCCAUCCUCCAAUCCCCAAAGCAUCAAAAGAGGACAAGGGGAAAACAGCAGCAAUACCGAUGUCCAUCCCACAUAGACAACGGCAGGAAGUCUUCUACUGCUCACCUGGCUACCAGUCUGAGUACACACUCUUCCAUACUACCCGAAUCAUCAAGUAUGUUUUUUUGGAUGGAAGCCAGAACAUUGUCCCAUUGUCUCAGGCCUCCUCUGGCUUCGAGUCUCAACUUGGCUAUGUGGAGUCUAAUAAGGGCUAUUACUAUCCACUUGUCAUUCCGGACCACAGCCUGGCCAGUUCCUUUUGGCCACUGGACCUUGGGCGUCUUCCCAUUUUCAUCACUCUCUCCAAGUGUCAAGAGAAGCCAAGUGCUGGCUGGGGGCGGCCUCUUUUUUCUCGGGAUCGAUUGCCUGUGUUCCGGCAGUUGUGUGGAGAAGGGGUGCUGUUAACAUCCCAUAACCAUGAGAAUAAAGUGGGUCUGAAACCAAGCAAAGAUGAAUUGGAAAAAACGGAGGAUGCAAAGGCACAGGAAAUAGGAGGAAAUAUAGAUGGAGAGGGGGAGGAAGAAGAACAGGAAGAGGAAGAGGAAGAAGAGGAGGAAGAGGAGGAAGAGGAGGAGGAAAAGGAGGAUAGAAGCUGCAUGCUCCAGAAUAACUGCUCAGGAAAGGGGAGCUAAGCUCUAAGGGGCUUUUUUUUUCCAA